AUGGAGAAAGUGAACUUGAGUGGUGAAAAGUUGAAGAAAGGGAUAUGCUGCUGGGACCAUGCCAAGUUCAGCUACGAGAAACAUGGUGCAUAUGGAUUCUCAUGGCAACAAAGAAACUACAGAUGUAGUUUUUGCAAUAAAGAGUUCAGGUCUGCGCAAGCUCUUGGUGGCCAUAUGAACAUUCACAGGAGAGAUAGGGCUAGAAUGAGAUUGUCACCUUCAUCGGAUGGUCUCAACUCAACCCCUCACACUAACCCUAAUUUCGGCUCACCUUCAUCAGCUCUUUCUGCAGACACGCUUUCGUCUUUCGCAGGCUUCUCUUCACCAAUAUCCUCCGCCUCUACUGCUACUGCUACUGCUGCUGAUGCUGAUGCUGCUAGUGAAGAACAAGCUGCCGCUGUCUGUCAAUCUGAAUGUGAUGAUCAUCGUUUGACUUGGGCAAGAAGACAUGUACCAAAGAAUCUCAGCAAAAGAGCUCUUCUAGAAGUUAAAGAAUUGCCAAUUUUGGCUAAAAGAACUGAAACUAGGGUUUGGAAAAAGAAAGAGGUUGUUAGAUUGGACUUAAACAUGGGUUUUUUCCGGGAUGCAAAGGAUGAUCUGGAUUUGGAGCUUCGACUCGGGCUCUCUUAA